GUUUUUUUUCGUUUAAUGACUCAUCUUUGAAUCAUCAUUAUCAUCAUCAUCAUCAUCAAGUUUGAUUUUUUUCCAAAAACUAAUAUGGCUGCAACAACAUUUUUCUAUAUAUUAAUUGCCUUAUUAAUUCGUUAUUUGGUAUCAUUGUGGCCAUAUUCUGGCCAUGGAAUUGCUCCAAUGUUUGGUGAUUAUGAAGCACAACGACAUUGGAUGGAAAUAACUGUUAAUAUUCCUGUUAAAGAUUGGUAUACAAAUUCAACAGAAAAUGAUCUCAAUUAUUGGGGCCUUGAUUAUCCACCAUUAACCGCAUAUCAUAGUUUUUUAAUGGGAAAAAUCGCCAAUUAUCUGAAUCCUAAAUGGAUUCAAUUAAAUGAAUCUCGUGGAUUUGAAAGCUAUGAUCAUAAAAUUUUCAUGCGAUCAACAGUUCUAGUCAGCGAUUCGUUAAUAUUUUUCAGCGCAUUAUACUAUUAUUGGAUGAUAUUGUUCGAUUCAUAUCAUAGUGAUUCCGAUCAUUUUUUAAAUAAUCUAUUGAUUCCUAGUCUCAUUCUCAUUGAUCAUGGUCAUUUUCAAUACAAUUGUAUUGCAUUGGGCCUAUUCUUAUGGACUGUGAUUUGUUUGACUAAACGACAAGAUUUUUUAGCAUCGAUUCUUUUUUGUUUAGCAUUCAAUUACAAACAAAUGGCUUUGUAUUAUUCAUUGCCAAUAUUUUUUUUCCUCUUGAAACGUUGUUACAAUCGACGAUCAUUUCUAUCGAUAAUUUCGAAAUUCAUAAUAAUUUCAUUAGCCGUUAUAAUAACAAUGGUCAUUUUAUGGUCUCCAUAUCUUGAAGAUUUCAAUACAAUCUUGCAAGUUGUUCGCCGUAUUUUUCCAUUAAAUCGUGGAAUCUAUGAAGAUAAAGUUUCAAAUUUUUGGUACUGUUUAUCGGUGUUUAUUAAGGUUAAAAAUUAUUUUACUGAAGAUCAAUUAGCCUGGAUGAGUGGAACAUUGACAAUUUUGGCUUCAUCACCGAGUUGCUAUUUAGUAUUACGACAGAAUACAAUGAAACAAUUGAACUUUUCACUGUUUACCGUGUCAAUGGCAUUCUAUUUGUUUUCGUUUCAAGUACAUGAAAAAACCAUUCUAUUUGUCAAUGUAGCACUAAUUUUGUUUACUUAUCGUUAUAAGUUUAUGAUCACUUGGUUUUCAUUGAUUUCAACAUUCAGUUUGUUUCCAUUAUUGAUCAAAGACAAUCUAAUCACACCAUAUUUCACUCUUACAAUCAUCUACUUCUUCAUCAACAAAAAUUCCUUGAAACUAGAUUCAAAUUCACGAAUGAAACAAUUGUUCAAAAUUUCAAUUUUGUGUGCAAUUCUAUUGAACACAAUUUCAUUACUAAUGAAACCACCUGAACGUUAUCCAGACAUUUUUACACUGUUAAAUUGUUUAUAUUCAUUUUUCCAUUUCAUAAUGUUUUAUAUAUACUUUUUGUGGCAACAAUGGGUCGAAUAUCGAAGACUUGUAAAUCAAAAUCAAAAUCAUCAUGACAAAAGCAAUUUAAACGUUUACACCGUUAUUCGUCCUCGACCUAAAAUUAAAACAUAUUGAUUAGUUAAAAGGCAAGUAUGGUUCGAUUUUUAUUGUUUAUUUUUCGCUAAACAAUAAAAAUAUAAAACUCAUCAUCAUUGAUCAUUGAAUUUAAUGAAUUCUCCAUUUGAAAUUGAUAAUGGGUGUGUUGCCAUCUGUUAACAGAGACAAGUCAAAUGGAGAAUUAUAAAUUCAAUAUAUCAUCAUUUUCUUAUUUCGAGUUUAUUUAGAAUAAACUAUUUUUUUUGAUAAUCAA